CGACUUGUCCAGAUUGACUAUAGUCAUCGUCGAAUAGCAAUAAUAAUCGCAGCGAUGCCUACCACCACGACGAGAUCACCUAGCAUGUCGGGCUCAUCCACGUCCACGGCCAGGGACACCUCGUUACCUCCUCCUCCUCAUGCGAUCCCAGCCAACUCUGAGAAACCGCACGAUCCCUCCAACGCCUCUGCUUCGAACAGACCACCAUCACAAUCACAACCACCUCAAAAACAACAGACAGGUCGACAGGGCAACGACAAGGACGCCGACGACGCUCGAGAUCAAGCACUCUCAGAAGACGGUCCUCCGGAAGAUAUCCGAUAUUACCUUCCCACGCUCAUAGGCCGGUUCGUAGGGUACCGCCCGCCAGGCCUUAAACCGCCCUUUGAACCCCUGGGGAUCCCUCCAUUCAAGUACCUCUCCCACAUCCCGCUCAAGUAUGAGAAUUAUAUAUGGAGCACAGUGGGGAGUUUUGUGGGGAUCAUUUUGAUUGAGAUGGUGAUGAUCAGGGCUUUUGCCGGGGUACCGGGGAAUGGACUGAUAGUAGCUGCUUUUGGGGCCGGGGCGGUACUGGCGUAUAGUCAGUUUGAGAGCCCGUUGGCUCAGCCGAGGAGCAUCAUAGGCGGGUCGGCUAUCUCCUGCGUCAUCUCGGUCGGCCUGACAAGACUCUUCCGACUGUCUAACAACUACGGAGCGACUUCGAACUUAACUUCCGGAGAACUAGGCUCUCUGGGGUGGAUCAACGGAGCCCUCUCCAUGUCCCUCUCUUUACUGGCGAUGCAGCUCACGGGGACGACUCAUCCGCCAGGAGGAGCUGCGGCGUUGGUAGCGGCUACGCAAGGAGGGGCGAUCAUGAUGAGUUGGAGGUAUAUUUAUGUGGUUAUGGUAUCGGCUUGUUUGGAAUUGGGUUGGGCGUUGGUUUGGAAUAACCUCGGCCGAAGACGUUACCCAACCUACUGGAUCUCCCCUUCCUCGACCCUCGGCGCCCGUACAUUCCGACGACUGCGCUCGAAUGCCCAUUCUCAACAGCAUGCCGAGGCUGACGAGAAAGCGACUGCAACUAUGGCCCGGAGGGAAUCCAGGAGGGGCACCCGGGGGGAGUCCAGGAGGAUGACGAGGAGCGAGAGGGAGUUUUUAAGGGACGAACAAGGGAAUCAUAGGCAUGUUAUAAACACCGAACAACGAUUAGGGAUGGGGGAGGGGGCCGGGUUGAGGCCUGAUCGGGAGAGGAGGUUGGUAGAAGAGGGGAUCUUUAGUAAGACGACGCAGGAGAGGUGGGGGGUAUGAUAGGGAGCCAGGGUUUGGGGUGUAG